CUGACACGACUUGGAAUGCCGGAUCCCAUUUCUCAAAGAUGUGCAUUGUUCAUAUUGCAAGGUUUACGUUCCUAUCCACACAUGAUGCUACGAAUCGAGACAUUCCCGCCAUUCAUUCAUACAAAGGUACAUCAAUCUUGGAGUUCCCAUGGGCCCGCUCUACCGGAGGCCCUCGGCAACUGCAUUGGAAUCGCGCAGAUGUUUGUUUCAAGAACUUCCGAGACAACCCCUUUCAUAUGGCGAACCAUACGCGAAGAACAGUAUCGGCUAUUGAAACAAAUCGAUAAGUUCACGAAUUUGGAAUUGCUAGCUGCCAUCCAAGCCUUCACGAUGUACGUGAUUAUGCGGAUCACGGACGAGGAAGCCGAGCACGCCGAAGAAGAUUUUGCGACGCUUCGAUCCUUCCAAGCUUUGUGUCUGCGUUACUGCGAGAACUCCGGUGGCCCAAUAUGUAGACACGAACUGCAUUAUCCCAGCUCCAGCUGGGCGGAGUGGGUGGUUGCAGAGUCCCUUCGUCGCGUUGCGGUGGUUUGGUUCCUCUUCGACCGCAUCGUCUGCAUCAGAACAGGCACUCUAUGCGAGAUUACUGGAGACUUCCGAGCGCUACCCUUGCCCUCUUCUAAGAUAUUGUGGGAGGCGGAAAACGAAGGAGUGUGGCGUUCGGAGCAGAAUCACGGUAAAUCGACGACGAAUAAUGGAUUUCUCUCUUUUGGCGACCUAAUUGAUGCGCAAAGAAGAACGCAGCACGCUGAAAGCGUACGAAAGCUUGAUGCAUGGACUUCAAGAGUUGAUGGGCUGAGUACGCUGCUCGCAAUCGCUACCGUCAUGGUCUGAAAGCGCUAGACUCAUCUUCAGAUCAAAUUCAAAGCAAACAGGGUUCUGCGGGACAUUCGUCCGCCUCGGAGUUGAUUUUUGAAAAGAGAAACAUCGUAGAUUUCGAGCGCAUGGACAGAAUACCAAGGCUUGAAUUACAAUGCGGAAGAGUUGGAACAAAAUAGCGGGCCAAUUUACAUUCUCCAAUCUGAGUAAGCAGAGAAGAUUUUCCAGAUCGGGGCCAUGAGUACG